CCUUGAAUGGCCUGUGGACGUAUACCAUACAGGCUUUGUACUGCAUCUGCCUUCGUGAGCGAGUGAUAUUCCACGCUCGUUAAGACCAACACGCUCACCGCUAUCUGUGGUAUCCUUCCCUACUUUUCCUUGUGGUGUUACUGUCUUUGCACCGCUGUGUGUUCGCCCAGCUGGGAAGGACCGUGUAGUCUUGAUGUGCAUCCCUAGUUGCACACUGGCACGGCGACAUUAUCCUCACAGGAAAGCUUCGCCCAAUUGCCACAAUUCACUUCUGGGUCGGAUUCCGCUCUGCCUUGACCCUGCAAUAUGACUGUGCCAGUGAUCUUUGGAUUUUCAUCAUUCCACCGGCCUGUCCAUGCUUUUCGAUUCCGAUUCCGCUCCUUCCUCCAUCUCCGGCGGAGUUCACGAGGCUUAUAUUUCUGGCGACGUAAUAGGGUUGGGUUGGCUAGAGACCCUCAUCCCUACUCACUCUCAUGGCCAGUAAGCCCAGGGACCGCGUUGGGCAUGGAAAAGCUUGCAUGAGGUGCAAAAGACAGAGGACUAAAUGUUCGGAUCGUUCGAAGCUCACAGGAAAGUGUCAACACUGCGAGCGUCUGGGGUACGAGUGUGAAGAUCAAUUUCAAGGCGGAGAAAGUGGAGAAAGUGGCAGCACUCCCGUUGAGGAAUCUCCCUCCCUAGCGUACACGGCCAGCCCCUAUGGAACCAUCUCGGGGGAACCCUCGAAUCAAAAUCUUGCUCCACCCCGCCGCAUUCCGGACGCCCUCAGAAAAAUUCCGGACUUUGGAAUGGCAGUAACGGACGAGGAGCACGACCAGGCCCUUGACCGGGGCCUCGAAUGGGUGGUCAGGGAACUUGGUCGGAGUUUUAAUGAAGACGCAUUUUGGGCUGCGGCGAUGGUCGAGGUCGACUACCCCUCCGUGAGGGUACUCCACUGGUCACUAAUUCUGAAGGGAUUUCUCAUUCAGGGGGAUCUGAGUGUGGAAGUGGCCGGAGAGCUCUCAUUGUUCGUUUGGUUGGCCUUGUUCAAAGACUUCCAAUCCAACGCAGCGUGGGCUUAUCACGCGCGUGUGAUACUCUGGGACCACCUUAGCACAGUAGGAGACAAUAGAAGUGGCCUUGUGGGAGGUGUGUCGCCAUUAUUCGCUAGGUCAAUAUCUCUUCUUUACCGAUCGUUCAUUACCUUCUUGGAUUUUCCAGCCAUCAUGUCAGUGGCCCCCACCGUAUCCG